GCGUACCUAGUAGAAUUAAAUAAAGUGUACUUAAUAGAUAUCUACCUAUGAAAAGGAUUCGUUUCAAUUAUAAAAGUGUAAAAUAUUUUUUAUUUUGUAUUGACGUGAUAGGUAUUUUCAACACAUUUCAGAUUGAUAACAAUUGCAUUUGCAAAUAAUUCUAAUAAAUGGAGUUUAUGAGCUUUAAAAUGAUUUUUAUCAUCGCAUUGUCCCUAAUGGGAUCGGUUGUUAAUUCGAAAGAAACUAGCGAUUACAAAUUACCUACUAAUUUUAAACCUGUCAGCUACGAACUGUACGUGGUCACGCACUUGGAGGAUAAAUUCAUGUUUGAAGGAGUAGUCAGUAUUUGUAUGACAUGCGUAGAAGCUACCGAUACCAUAGUAUUGCAUUCGAACAUUUUGAACAUCGAUACCAAAAGUGUCGUUGUGGCCAACUGUGGUGAAAAUGUCGUCCCAGUGAGCAGUGUGUCUUUUGAUCCAGAGAAAGAAUUUAUGCUCGUCAAGUCCACCGUAAACUUUAAGCCCGGUGAUGAAUACGUGCUGACUAUACCAUUUACCGGAAACCUCACCGAAGGUUUAACAGGUUACUAUAGAAGUAGCUACGUGGAAAAAGAAAACAAUCAAACAAAAUGGUUAGCUGUAACACAAUUCGAGCCCGCAUACGCACGGGGAGCUUUUCCCUGUUUUGACGAGCCUGCGUAUAAAGCAAAAUUCAAGAUAAGGUUGGGUCAUAAAAAAGAAUUGAAUUCGAUAAGUAAUAUGAAAUUGAUGAAACAAAUAAACUGCCCUUCAAUACCAGAUUAUGUUGUCGACGAAUUCGAAGAAUCAGUACCGAUGUCUACUUAUUUAGUAGCAUACAUGGUGUCAGAUUUCGUAUACACUGAAGCAAAUUGUGGAAAUGACCAAGUCAAGUUCCGUAUUAUAUCCAGGAAGGAGUCAGCCAAUCAAACAGAACUUGCCAUUAGCUUGGGACCGAAGGUCUUGAAAUACUACGAGGAUUAUUUCGAUGAAAAAUUUCCGCUGCACAAACAGGACAUGGCGGCAAUACCCGAUUUUUCUUUUGGUGCUAUGGAGAAUUGGGGUCUCGUCACAUAUAGAGAGAUCUAUUUGUUAAUCGACCUGAACGUGGCCAAUAUGUAUAACAAACAUCAAGUAGCUGUAGUUAUCACUCACGAACUUGCUCAUCAAUGGUUUGGUAAUCUCGUUACCAUGAAAUGGUGGACCGACCUUUGGUUGAAUGAAGGAUUUGCCACGUACGUAGGAGCCCGUGGAGUGGAUUUCCUGUUUCCCGAAUGGAAUUCUUUCCGUGUUGUCACCGUUGACGACUUUAUAAGCAUUAUGGAUCUCGAUUCACUUGAAUCAUCACACCCCGUGUCUGUAGCCGUUGGAAAUCCUGAUGAAAUUGCACAAAUUUUCGACACGAUAUCGUACACAAAGGGAUCAUUUUUGUUGCACAUGAUGAACACGUUCCUAGGCGAGGAUACGUUCAAACAAGGCAUUAGAAACUAUAUACACAAACACAAAUUUUCCAACGCCGAACAGGAUGAUUUGUGGAGUUCAUUAACGGAGGAAGCACACUGUCAAGGAACUUUGGACAAAAAUCUCACCGUGAAAAAAAUAAUGGACACAUGGACGUUGCAAACCGGUUAUCCCGUAUUGAAAGUCGUCCGGGAUUAUUCUGUGGGCACGGUUACAUUGUCCCAGGAAAGGUAUCUAACGAUCAAAUCAAACGGUACGGACAAUAAAACCUGUUGGUGGAUACCAAUCACUAUGAUAACUUCUGGGAACUUUAACCAGACAAAUGCGAAAUCCUGGUUGAAUUGCGAAAACAACAACCUUACCACGCCAUUGGCUAAAGACACCGAGUGGGUCAUCUAUAACUUGAAUAUGACCGAUUUAUACAGAGUAUUAUACGAUACACAAAACAUGAAGGCUAUUAUUUGUACGCUGAAUGAUCCAACCAAAUACGAAACUAUACCAUUGUUAAACCGAGUACAGCUGAUCUAUGAUUCGCUUAGCUUUUCAAAAGUCGGAGACAUGGACUACGAAAUCACGUUCCAACUUUUGAAAUAUCUAAAACAUGAAACAGAGUUUACACCGUGGUUUGCUGCUUUCGAGGGUUUAAGCGCGAUAAAUGAUUUAAUGAAAAAGACUCCGAAAUAUGCAGUGUUCCAAAACUAUAUGCGACGUAUGUUGUCGUGUGUGUAUAGCAAAUUCAGAAACAUGAACGAUAAAGUUAAUGGUUAUGAAAACAUAAAAUUUCAAACUUAUGUGAUUUCCAAUGCAUGUAAUAACCAAAUAAAGGACUGCAUCCAACAAGCUCUGGACUUGUUUAGAAAGUGGAUGAAAAUUAAUGACCCAGACAAUAAUAAUAUAUUGCCUAUAGAACUGAGACGCAUUAUUUACUGUAAAGCAACAAAAUAUGGAGGUGAAGACGAAUGGAAUUUUUUAUUGGAACGUUAUCAGUAUUCGAUUUUGCCGGAUGAUAAAGAUGAUAUGCUGUAUGCAUUAGGAUGUAGUUCAAAUAAAUUGUUACUACAGAGAUCAUUGAAUUGGUCACUUGAUAAUUCUAUUAUUCGCAAACAAGACGCCUUUAAAAUAUUCUAUUCAGUAGCGAUGAAUGAUGCUGGAUAUUCAAUAGCAAAAGAAUUUUUAUACUGCAGAAUUGCAGAUAUAUAUGAAUUCUACCAACCUGAAGGCAAUCGAUUAGGUGAUUAUGUAAAGGUUAUCGGGUCUCAAAUGAAUACCAAAGAAGAAUUAGAAGAGAUCCAAUCAUUUAUUAAUAAAUAUUCAUCUUACUUAAAAGAAGCUGAUAUGGUUAUAAAUCAGACAAUUGAGACUAUUGAGAGCAACAUUGAAUGGAUGUCGACGUUUUAUGAUAAAAUUGUGAAUUGCAUGGAACAAUCAUAGGCGUGCGCACGGGGCUCGACCAGAAUCUUUUUAGGGGCAUAGUAAAAUGUUUACCUAUACUUAUUAUAAAUUAUGAUAACAUGUUUGAAACUUUUAUUUGUAGUGAAAGUGAAAUAAAAUAACAACUAUUUGUGUGUACCUCUACA